AUGUCGUCAGAGAGCGACCGCUUGGAGCAUCGACCUCUCCUGGUGCAUGUGGAGCAUAGGAGCCCACUCCUUACACUGGGAGAUGCAAAGGGAAUACCGGCACCGGCCGCAACACCCACUACUCCAAGCUUGUCUGGAAUGUGGCAGCCAGAAGGUAUGCUGAUGUUGAUGAUGCAGAUUUUGGAAAAACUGUCGGGAGCACCCAGAGGUCUGCCGUUGCGAGGAACUUCUGGAGCCCCAACAUUUAAUGGUAAGGAGGUCAGUGAAUUCCUGAGGACCUUGCAUUCAUUGUUUAGGAAACAUGGAAUCACACGUGAGGAGGACAAGAUAAAUGCCCUGUGUGAUUAUGUGUCAGUAAAGAGCCUCCCUGAAUAUGAGAGGAAGGACUAUGAAGGAAUGGAGAAGCGGCUCCUAGAGGAGUAUCGGGACCAGGAUUCAGCACAGGCCGAGCUCAACAUAGGCUGGCUUAGCAGGUUUGUUGCUCAGAAACGGUCAGCAGAUGACAACUUGACCAAGUAUGUCCGCAAAUUUAGCAACGUCUCUGGCGAACUAAUGCGCCGAGGCCAGCUAGUGGAAUUCCUGAGAACAGAGAUGUUCCUGCUGUGCUGGGAGCACUGCGAAACCCCAGAUCUCCCAUAUUUCCUAUCUUGGAACACCGUAGAACCGCCGACUCCGACAUACUAA